CCUCGAAACCCUUUGUCCAUUUAACAGUUGUUAUACCUUCACAUUCUCCUUCUCUAUAGCAGAAUAAAGCAAGUGCAAAAGCAGAUUCUGGGUUCUUAAAAUCUGCAUGUUUUUCUUACAUUUCGAUUUUGCAUAAGGUCAAAGUUGAAGAAAAUUGUGAAAUCUUCAUAUGAAAGCUUUAAGAGUUUUGAGGACAUUGAAUUCAUCACUAUCUUCAAAUCCAAGCAAAACCCAUAUCAAUUCAACUGUUUUUCUUUGUUUUUACUCAGCCCAACCUCAGGAAGACAACCCCACAAGCACUGGUCUUUCUUCCUCUGAAGAAGAUGACACGUCUUCCUCAGUCUUCGACAGUUCGCAAUACGAUGUGGAUUUGGGAUUAAACAAUGAUGUUAAUUCAGAAAAAAGUGUAACCUCCAUUUGGGACGAGAAAUAUAGGGAAAGAGUGAAAACUAAAGUCUUUGGUGAAGACCCUUCACAGAUUAAGAGUUCAAGAAUCUUGAUUAAAGAAGAGGAAAAGAGAAGAAGAGCUGCUUUAUUGGCUAGGGCUCUUCUAGAAUCUGCACUUGAGCAGCCUGAUGAAGAGGGGGACGAAGAUAAAGAGGAUGAGGUGGUGAAGGAAGAAGAUCAAAUGUCAUUGAGUGUUGGAAUUAUUGGAGCUCCUAAUGCUGGAAAAUCUUCAUUGACCAAUUACAUGGUUGGGACCAAAGUUUCUGCUGUAUCACGGAAGACGAAUACCACUACUCAUGAAGUCUUAGGUGUGAUGACUAAAGGGAAAACACAAAUUUGUUUCUUUGACACUCCUGGGCUUAUGCUAAAGAAAAGUGGAUUUCCUUACAAGGACAUGAAAGCACGCGUUGAAUGUGCAUGGAAGUCUAUUGAUCUAUAUGAUGUACUCAUUGUCAUAUUUGAUGCUCAUAGGCAUCUUACCAAGCCUGAUACCCGAGUGGUGAGGUUGAUUGAGAGAAUGGGUUCUGAGGCUAAUCCAAACCAGAAACGCUUACUGUGUAUCAAUAAAGUUGACCUAAUCAAGAAAAAGAAAAAAUUGUUGAAAGUUGUUGAGGAAUUCAAAGACCUUCCUGGAUAUGAAAGGUGCUUUACGAUAUCCGGACUAAAGGGUGCUGGAGUGAAAGAUCUAACAAAGUACUUGAUGGAGCAGUCAGUGAAAAGACCGUGGGAUGAAGAUCCGUUUGUCAUGAGUGAAGAGGUUAUGAAGAAUAUUUCAAUGGAAGUUGUCAGGGAAAAGUUGCUACAUUACAUACAUCAGGAAAUCCCAUAUGGCAUUGACCAUCGCCUGAUGGACUGGAAGGAGUUACGUGAUGGUUCCCUAAGAAUUGAACAGCAUUUGAUCACACACAAGAUAAGCCAACGCAAGAUUCUCGUAGGAAAGAAUGGUUCCAAAAUAGGGAGAAUAGGCAUCGAGGCAAAUGAAGAAUUAAGAACAAUAUUCAAGAGAAGUGUCCAUCUACUGCUUAUGGUUAGAGUGAAAUCAUGAGAUCAAAGACAAUGUCCUUGUUUUGCAUGUGUAUAUAUAGAGGUGCUCCAGUUUUGUUCCUUUUACCAAAGCAAUUGUCAGUUGACACAAUAAUUUACCGAAGUAUAUCAUUAAUCCAAAAUUAUGUUGUUAUGGAAGAGAAGCUUAAUUUCCCUUAAAUGUGAAUACAUUCAUAUUCUUUUCCAUAGAUUUAAGGUCAAAAUUCUAGACAUUGUUUGUAUUCAUGUUGGAUUAAGGGUACAAUGCUCUUUUCCCUCCCUAGAGUAAGAUUGUAUGUUUUGUUGGUUCAUUUGCAUUAAUAUAAUUGAACCUUCAAUUGUUCCA